AUGGAUCGACUUAAAGAUAGUAUGAAUAAUAGUGUUCAGAGAAUUCGAAGUUUAGCUGGACCAAAAUCAUCUCAAUCAACAUCAGCAAGCAACCAAUUAUCUUCUUCAAAUAAGAAAGAAUUUCUUUUGACAAAUUCUGUUUUGGAUAUACAUAAUAUAAGAAUUGGAGAUUCAUUAAAGUCAAUUCGUGAUGCAAUGACAAAAACAAUAAGAAGUAAUGUUAAAGAAGAAAAUGUAGAGAAAAAAAAGAAAAAAUUAGAUUUGUAUCAAUUAGCACAUCAAUUUUUUUCUGAAGCACGUUUUAUUCAACAAUAUAGUGUAGGAUUAGAAAGAAUAUUUAAAGAAGCUGGUAAUAGUUAUAGUGAUAUUGUGGAUAAUCAAGUUACAAUGGAUACAUAUAUAGAAGAACAAAUUAUUGAAAAAUUAACAAAAAAUAUGGAAUUAGCAAAAGAAAUUAGUAAAAAUCAAAAUGAAUUAAAGAAAGUUGUUAGUAAUAGAGAUAAUAUUGAAAAAAAAAUGAAAACAGUGACCGAUGAAGGGAAAGCAGUAGAAUAUCAAACAGAUUUUGAUUCAUUAGUUAAUAAAGUUGAUUCAAUAAGAGAAUCAACACUUGCACUAAUGUUUACAUUAAAAGGUCGUGAAUAUCAGAAUGCCAUGGUUAUACGGGAUUUUAUGCAACAACAUUUAGAUUUUUAUGAAAAAUCAGCUAAAAUUUUAAAAAGUCGUAUUGAAAAUAUUGAUAAAGACAUAUCAGAUUUUAUAAGGCAACCUAUAUUUGGUGUUGAUAUUGAAAAACAUUGUCAAAAAGAGGGAAGAAAAAUUGCAGGACCAAUACAAAUAUGUGCUGAAGCAUUAUUUGAAAAUGGAAUGAAAGAACAAGGAUUAUUUAGGGUUCCUGGAAAUCAAAAUAAAGUUAAAAGACUUCGUGCAGCUUUAGAUUCUGGUGCAGAAAAAGAAAUUGAUGAUUUUAUUCACGACCCACAUACAAUAUGUGCAGUUUUAAAAUUAUAUUUAAGAGAGCUUCCAUCAAAAUUGUUCCCAAAAAAUUUAAAUAGUGGUUAUUUAAAAGCAGUUGAUAUGAUUAAUGAAGGAAAAGAUGAACAGUUAAAAUUUGUAUAUUAUUUACUUAAUCAGAUGCCUGAAGUUAAUAGAGAUAAUAUUGCAUAUCUUAUGAAAUUUUUACGUAAUGUUACUGAAUAUGAAAGUGUUAUUAAUAUGAAUGCUUCUAAUUUAGCAUUAAUGUUAGCACCAAAUUUAUUUGAUGAAAAUUGUAUUGAUAAAAAUUAUAAUCCAAAUGUAGGAGCAAAAUUUUGUGAAAUAUUGAUUUCAAAUGCAAAUGUAUUAUUUACAAAUUAUGAUUUUGAUUAUUCUCGAAGAAAAGUUACUAAAACAAAGGCUAUAGGUGGACAUUAUGGUGGUUCAGUAACAUCUUUUGAUAGUGAUUAUACCUUUACAGAUAAAAAUAAAUCAAAAAGAGUACCUGUAUAUCAUGAGUAUGAUGAUAAUUUAGAUAAUAAUUCAGAAAAAGUUUCUCAAGGUAGUAGUAUUUGUUCACUUUCUAAUGAUAAUUCAAAUAGUCGUUAUCAUCAUGAUAAACCUUGUAGACCAACAUAUCCACCACCUCAAAGACAUUUUAAAAAUAGUAGUAGUGAUAGUGAUAAAAUAACAUUUUCUACAUCAACUGGAGAAACUGCAUCGCCUCAAUUGUCACAAAAAUCAAAUUUUUCAAAAUAUGAUACAAAGGCAAAUGUUGGUGAUGUAUAUGAAAAUUAUGCUAAUACAUAUCCCCAAAGUCCACCACUUACCAAAAGAAUUGACUCAUCAUCAUCAAUAUUAUCAGGUGAUGAAGGAUUAACAUUUUCAAAAAGUGAACCAAUACCUGAAGGAGCAAUAUUUUUACCAAAAAAUUUAAUUGAAAUAAAUAAUACACCUGUUAAAAACACAACGCAUUUUUCAAAUCUUUAUCCACCAUUAAAUGUUAUAAAUUCUCAUGGAGGAAGUUUACUUAUUAAUACUGGAGAAGGAACUAAACCAACAAUUAGUCCUAAACCAAGGAAAGCACCAUCACCACCAAAAGAUAAAGAAGCAGAUGAUGGUAAAAGAUUAAGCGAGAGAUUAAUCAUCUAA